GGCAAAUUGCAUUGUGCGUUACCCAGGGAUGCAUUGAUGUUCGCAAAAUGGUCCAAAUGUCCUCAUGGGUUAGUAUUUGGGAUCAAGCUACUAACUAUAUCAAAUAUCAUGAUAUUGGUAUAAAUCUUCAUGAAAGAUUAUACAAAUUUCUGAUCGAUUUUGCCAAGCUACAAAACGAUGCAUUUAUUGCACAAAAGCGAUUAUGUGAAAAACAUUUGUCUGAUGCACAGAAGUAUUUUGGUGUCUCUAAUAGCUAUGUUUCAUUUUUUAAUGAACUUGUUCAAAUUGUUCAGCAUAUCGUAGAUGCUGAAAACUUAAUUUCAUGCUCCUUCGAAAUACACGCUGGUAGCGAAGGUAAAUCGAUUAUUGAGGAUGAAAGAAGACAAUUGAAACGAUGGAAAAAUGAAAGAUCAAAAUUAUCGAAUGAACUAAAAUCUCAAACACGUAUUAUCGAUGAUGAAAUUAAACGAUAUCGAGAUAAAUAUCGUGAUAUGAUCAAGGCUAAAGAAGACUAUGAACGCAUCAACGCUGAUCAGAGUCAUUCACAAUUUGAUGUCGAAAAGGCUUUAAAUUAUGCACGGUUGAAAGAGAUUGAUUUUGAGAGAGCACGAAAAGAUUAUUCUGCUGCUUUGAACCAAUUUAACUUAUACCGUCAAGAUUAUUACUUUCGUUGUUUACCAUCAUGGGCACAAGUUGGCAAAAGUUUAGAAGUUGAAAGAUAUGCACGUACCCAAUCUUUAAUCAAUAUAUUAUAUGAACGGUUACGAGUGGCAAUUGAUCUUAUGAACAAUGUAUGCGAUGAAUUCAAAUCAGUGUGUACACAUCUUAAUUCAGAUCAAGAUUCUAAAGAAAUUAUAGAAUAUUUACAAAGCAAUAAUCCACCGCCUGGGGAUAUUGCUUUUGUGGAUCUAUAUUCAUCUGCAGUGAAUAAUAGUACUAUACCAUCAACCGUUAAACAAUCAACAUAUGCAAAACCACAAAGAACUAAUUCAAGUGAACCAAUUUAUUCAUCGGGUAGUGUUGUUCUUCCAUCGAAUUUUCACUGUUCCGUAUGGGCAGCAGAUAAUGCAGCAUUGGAAUCGAGUAAACAAUGUGGUGGUAACAAUAAUAAUGGCAAUAAUAAUUAUGUACCAUCAUCUUCCACUUCCAUUGGAGACUCAAUCUAUGGUGAAUCUGGUUCUAUAUACUCUGCAUCUUAUGCUUCAACAUCAACUAAUGGUUCACACAAUGGUGGAGUCGGCGUUGGUAGUAACUGUAGCCGUCGUCCAAGUGUUAGUGAUAAUUAUAGUGCGUCAAAUCUACGCAAUCCUUCUAUGCCUAUAAAUGGUGCAGGGUUUCUGCGGAGAAUUUUUUCACGACGUAGUAGGCACAAUUCAUUGAAUGUAAAUUGUGAAGCUAAUUCUGAUGGAGAUGGUGUUGUAUCAGGUUGGUCGAAUCAAUUUUUUGAACCUGUUGUUCCAUGGCGUAGAAGUUCACGUCAAUAUCAACAUAAAACACGUCGGAUUCAUAGUUUUCGUAAGAAAUUCUCCUCUCGUCAUCAGCGAACAACUGAUUACAACAACAAUGAUAAUUGUAAUGAUGAUAGAAUCGGUAUCAAGAGUCCAUUGAAUAUUAGAGCUUCACAGAGUACCGGAGAUCUGAGCGUUGUGAAUUUAAAAACAGUAGCGGAUUUAUGCGAACCAGCUCGAAUCAAACAUCAGAAAGCAAAUAAUCAAGUCACGUGUCUGUUUGACUCGAAAAGGAGAGCAACUCAUAAUUCUAGAAUUACUGGUAGUAAUAAUAGGUUAAGGGACAAUGCUAUUACAGAUCCUAGUGAUUUCUCUGACUCGAAUUCUGAAUUAGGAAAUAAUGGUCAUGGAAAUGACAAAAUAACUAUCAACAAUAACACUUAUGUACGACAAUUUAGAAUUCAUUCAACCACUGACAAUGAUAAUGUAGCUUAUGCAUCAACAUCUGUCCUAAAUGGAGUACCUCAGUCUGUGGCAUCGUCAUGUCAAUCUCCUGAUGCUCCCAGCUGUGGUGCGGUUGCUGCUGUUCUUCCUGUUACGACGAUAACAACAACAACAACUCAUACUCCUUCACUAUCUCUUCAUUCUCGUUCUGACUCUCAAGCGAAAGGCUUAUCGUCUGGUCAUGAAAGGUCUUCCAUCCCUCUUUAUUAUCCUACUACAUCAGGAAAGUCAAUGGAAAAUGGUGGUUCCUCUAAACAAUUAUUAAAACAGGAUAAAUUAUUUACUGCUCCUUUAGCUGAACCAGAAACUGGUUCUAUUGUAACUCCAGUUGAAUCAUCUUCACAGUCAACGUUAACCUCAUCACGCAGUCAACUACCUGAACCAUUGAAUGGUCAAAUGCCUACUUUAAAACAAAAUUCAUUCACUAAUAGAUCUACAAUUAAUAAUAAUGAUGAUAAUAGUAAAUGUUCAACAAUAAAUGGAGAUUCUCACCAUAUUAAUUUAAAGUCUAAUCACAAUAAUAACACAAUCUAUUCUCAAAUGAAUUCAUCUUAUAAUCAUUUGGAAUUAAAAAAUUCUGAUCAAGUUUUAUAUAAUCAUAAUAAAAAUCUCUUAAAAAAACAUGAACAGCAAGGACUUUGGUACUCACAACUACAAAAGUGUCAACAACAGGACCAGUCAUUACGUCAUCACCUUAAACACGAACAACAAGUAACUGAAGGCAUAGUCGAUAAUAUUGAUUCCACUUGUUCAAUAUCCUCUAGUUCUUAUCACAAACAAGAUGAUAAUAAUAAUAAUAGUAAUAGACAGUCAAGAGAAUCACAGAUCGUUGCUAUUGGUGACUGCAAUGCCUUGUAUCCAUUUACAGGCGAUGGUUUUGAAUCGUGUUAUUUAGCAUUUGAGGCUGAUGAGCAAUUUUAUAUUUUGGCAACUGAUCCAACGGAAGAUACUACUGAUUGGCUUCAUGUAUGUCGUAAACAGCGGAUACAAGAAAUUGGUUAUGUUCCUACAGCAUAUGUUCAAAAAAAUCUUUAUUUUCAACCAGUUUUAUUGCCUAAAUCAGAAUGUGUACAACUGCAAGAUUCGGAUUCAUCAUCGACUACCACUAGAACAGCUACUUCUACUACACCGACGUUGAAAAAAUCUGUGAAUACAACACAAACAUCUGCGAGAAGUCCAGUGAAUAGUGUCCAUAGUAAUAAAAGUAAUUAUUCGGGUAUGUUGAUGAUGAACAGAAAUUUCAGAGGUACUUCUCCUUACGUUCGUUUAAGUGGAGUUUCACGAGAUACUGACUUAUGAUGAAAUAAAUAAACUUAAUGAAUUCGUUUUUCCCCUUUUUAUGCCUUAUUAUUAUUACCAUGGUAAUUUUUUUAUACAUAGCGAACGUAUGCUCAUGGGUAUACUUUUUUUUAAACAAUGAACCAUAUCAUUUUGACUAUUCACUUCUAUAAACAAUUUCCAAUUAGUAUUAUUUUGUUUCUUAUCUGUAUCUUUAAAAUACGAUGGUCGGCAGUAUUAUACCAUCCUCCAGUCUCCCUAUUUGUACAUAUGGAUAUAUACAAUCACUUUUUGUUAUAUUAUACACUGAUGCUUUAAUUUUUCGAGAGAAAUCAUUAUCAUUUCCUUAUCCUUAUGGGUUUUUUCCACACUAUUUAUGCAGUAAAUUAGGUUUCUCUCUUAGCAGAUUUCUUAUAUACCAUUUACACUUGCAAGCUGUAUCACAUACACACACAAACACAUAAGACAAACAUUUAAUUGAUAGUUUUCCAUUGAACUACCUACUUUUUUCAUUCGAAAUUAUUUUAGAUGAUAUAAGGAAUUUCAUUUUAUCCAAUAUUAAAACUUCCACUAGUGAAUAUACUACGACACACUGAUAAACUGUCUUUAUUAUUUUUGUCAGUUGACUUCUAUGAUUAUACAGUAAUUGAGAUAAUCUGUUUUCAUUGUUAGUUUAAUUCAGUGUUUUUUUUCUAAUCAAAUUUGUAGGCGACAUUUCACCUCUUCUAUAUAACAUUUUGCCUUAUUGUGUAUAGUAUACAUGUCGUACUAUGUCAAACACUGUCUUGUUUAGUCUGGAAAUAAUAACGAUUUGGUGUCUAUUACUGAUUUCUUAUGUAUGUAGAGUCGGAUAGUAUUGAUUAUUCAAAUAUCUCUGCUCUUCU